CUGUCGCGUUCGCUUUAGUUCAAAUUUCUGACAGGUCGAGAAGUUCGCCGGCGAGUCUCCCCAGAGUUUUCGGUACUGAGUCGGAAGAGGAGCAGUUCCUGGUUCGAGAUGCACUCGACUUAUUCCGACUUUGAUCUGGGGGCGUCGGGGCCGCCGGCUCUUGGAAUGGGGGAGUACAACUUUGCUGAGGCUGGAAACCUGGAACACUGCGCCAAGUAUCUAAAUCAGACGUUGGUGACGUUCGGAUUUCCUGCCUCGCUUGAUCUUUUCUCUACCGAUCCAGUUUCGGUCGCAAGAACUUGUAAUUGCAUAUAUGCUCUGCUCCAGCUGAGGCAGCGAGAUGUAGAGUUUCGGGAGUCAUCGAGUGAACAAAGGCAGAGGUUACAGUCGGACAUGUCUAAAUUAGAGGCCAAGGUUGAAAGGCUUGAUGCACAAUUAGUUUCCAAAGACCGAGAGCUUGCUACAUUAGCCAGAACGGAGGCUAAAGCUUCUGCAGCUUUCAAAGCACAGAUUGAAAAGCUACAACAAGAACGAGAUGAAUUUCAAAAAAUGGUUAUUGGACACCAGCAAGCUCGCACGCAACAACUUCAUGAAAUGAAGAAGAAAGAAAAGGAUUACAUUAAGCUGCAGGAGAGGCUAAACCAAGUUUUGAUGGAGAAGAAGAAAGAAUCCCGUUCUGGCAUGGAAAUUAUGAACUUACUUCAGAAAGAAGGACGUCAGCGUGGUACAUGGAAUGGAAAGAAGGCUGAUGGCGACUUCUACAAGAUGAUUGCUGAUGCAUAUGAAGUGAAGAAGCAAGAACUUAUGGCAGAGAAUGCUGAUUUGCGGGCUUCGUUACGAUCAAUGCAGAUGGAUAUGCGGGAUUUCUUAAAUGCUCCAAAUGGAGAAUCACUACAAAAUGUAUCGGCCAAGGACAAGCAAGAUGCAGAACGACAGUCUCCAUUGGGUGGCAGGACAGAUGUCUUUGAUCUGCCUUUCCAUAUAGCUAAGGAUCAAAUUGAAGAGAGCUUGCGAACUAAAAUGGCCUCAAUAAAGGCUAGGAUGGUUCAACUUCAAGAUGCUCAGAAGGGAGCUGAAGUCUCUUCAGAAGCCACAGAACGGGAGCUUGAGCUUGAAGCUCAACUUGUUGAAGCUAGAAGUAUCAUUCAAGAGCAGGCUUCAAUUAUGUCCAAACAUUUAACAAAGUCUGAAAAGCCAAGAAGAUAGCCAAGUCAUGUAAAAGGUGAAAUGGACUGCUACAUUCAGAUCUGCUGAGCAGUUUAACAACCAGGGACUGUUCUGAUAUGGAUUGCGGCAAGCAUUUGACCUUUUUCAGGACCCGGCUUCGUUAGGUCAGCACUUGUGAGGUCGCAGGAAGCACUGAAGCAAGCUUUUAUGCAAUCCUUCUAAAAUAGCUAGGACAAAAUCUUAUAUAGAACAUGCAGGCAUUCUUGUACUAAUGUUGGAAGACCAACUGGAGAGUUGCCUGGAGCUGAAUAUUUUCUUAGCAAAACCUGAAAGUCUUCUCAUUAUAGUGGUUAAUUGAGCAAUUAUAAUUUUAUGGCGUCUGGAAAUGCAGCUUUUUCCAUUGCGCCUAUUUCCUACAGGUUUGA